AUGUCUAAGAAAUCUAAUUUGGGUAAAGCUCUUUAGAGACAACAAUAAAGGAAAAUGAAUGAAGGAGCUGCAAAAGUUUAGAAUUAAGGAUAGUUCUUUCAUGAUGGGAAGGUUGUAAAGGAAGAAUAUCAAAUUUAAUAAGAGAACUUGUAAUCAAUAAUAGAUUAGAAUCCUUUAAAUGAAUAUUUGUAAAUGGCAGAGAUGGCAAAUAUUAAAUAUUAAGCAGAGAAGAAAUCAGAUAUAGUAGUAAAUGAAUAGCAGAAAUAAGUAAAAAAAUAAUUGGAUAAUUUUUAGUUAGUGAUAAAUGUGAAUGCAAUAAGAAAAGGACAAUUACCAAAUUCAUCAGUAUAUGAUUAUUAGAAGAACUAAUUAUUGGUAGACUUAUAAAUACCAAGAAGACCUAGAUGGGAUGAGAAAACUACAGUUGAGUAAUUGAGAUUGAUGGAAAAUGAGAAUUUUUUAAAGUGGAGAAAAGAAUUAGCAAAGUUUGAAGAGGAACAUUAUUAAAUUUAAUUGACUCCUUAUGAGAAGAAUAUUGAAGUUUGGAAGUAAUUAUGGAGAGUAGUAGAAAAAGCAGAUAUUUUAGUUUAAGUAGUAGAUGGAAGAGACAUUCUAUUUUAUCAUUGUAAUGAUUUGACAAAAUAUGUUCAUGAAGAAUAAAAUAGAGUUUAUAGAAAGAAUUAAACAAAGAUUAAUUUUCUAUUGAUAAACAAAAGUGAUUUAAUAUCUGAUAAAAUUAGAGAAGAAUGGUCAGCUUUUUUAAAUUCAAAGAAAUUAAAUCAUAUGUUUUUUAGUGCUAAAUUAGAAUAAGAAAAAAUAGAUAAAGAAGAAUAAGUAUAAUAAGAUGCUACUAAUAUUAUUAUUUAAUAAGAAGAAACAUAAAUAUAAGAAAAUAUAGAAGCUUAUAUAAAUACAUCAAGAAUUGCAGAUAGAAAGAUAUUAUUAUCAGAAUUAAAAUCAUUAGUAUAAAAGAUUAGAAAAGAAAGAUAAGAUAAUGUAGAGACAACUAAAUUACUUGAUUAGGAUGAUCAUGAUAUUUAACAUGAUGAGAAUACAGUAAUUAUUGGAAUGGUUGGUUAUCCUAAUGUUGGUAAAAGUUCAGUUAUUAAUGCUCUUUGUAAUAAGAAAUUAGUUGGUGUUGCAGCAAGACCUGGUAAAACUAAGCAUUUCUAAACAAUACCUUUAGAAAAAUAUCUAUUAGUAUUAAUUUAUAUUCUAAUUUUAAGUUAUGUGAUUGUCCAGGAUUAAUAUUUCCCAAUGCAUCAUCAUCCAGAGCUGAAAUGGUUUGUAAUGGUGUUCUACCAAUUGAUAAUAUUAAAGAUUAUUUAAGUCCAAUGGAUUUGUUGGCUGAAAGAAUACCUAAAAUUGCUUUUGAAAAGAUUUAUGGAAUAAAUUUGUAAGAAUUUAAAGUUAUUGAUGCCUCAACUGUACUCUCUACUUAUAGUUAAAAAAGAGGAUUCAUGACAGGUAGAGGAUUACCAGAUGAAGCAAAAGCAGCUAAAUUAAUGUUAAAAGAUUUUGUUAAUGGUAAAUUACUAUAUGUGAAAUUGCCUCCAAAUUAUUAAGGUGAAGCAUUAUGGUAAUCCAAUCCUAUAGAAGAUUUGGAAAAUUUGAUUCAUUAAUAAUAAUAACAUUAACAUCAAUAGAAUGAUGAUGCUAAUAUUGAUAAUCAAUUUGAAAAUCAAUUGAUUCAAGAAAAGAAAAUUUCCAAUGAAGAGAUACUAGAGAUAUUCACUUAGGAAAAUUUAGCUUAAUUAAUGGAAGGUAAAAAGGUUCAUGGUAUUAAAUUAACAAAGGAGUAAAGAAGAGAAAUAAAACACAACUUCUAAAGAGGUAUUAAGUAUUGUUUAACUUUUUUAGGUGAUCCUAUUGAUAUAAAGAAAUAUCUUAAUUUAUAACAAAAUUAAAAGGAAACUCUAUAUAAAACAUAUAUUUAAGGCAAAAGAGGAUAAAUAUGA